UUUAUAUCGGCAUUAUGUCGACGCAGCUGCUCUGCGUCGGCCCGGAGCGACCGUCGUAUCUCUUUGGCCGCUGGAAGCGCCACGUCAUCCGCUGGAUCGCGGUCCUUCUGCUACUGAGCUCCAUGUUCUUUCUGCUCUGCUUUGCCGCCGUCUAUCUGCUCGUCCCGGCCGACCAAGCCCGCGUCGUCGGUGUCUGGGCGCCUCUCCUCAACGCCGGCGUCUCCUUCGUCCUCGCAGGUUUGCACCUCUGCGGCAUCCUCAGUGCGUGCUGUGGAGGCGGCGGCGCGCACGCGUCCAUUGCGCCCGAGACGCCUGACGCGUCGGUCGAGGGCCGUGGCUGCACUGCCUGCGUGCGGCGCAUGUACACCACACACUUUAGCCGCUUUGGGACCUUUGGCUUGUUGGGGCCGCAGUACGAAGCCAAGCUCAUGCUCAAGCAAGUGGUGCAGAUUCCCGCGCAGCUCUACCAAGCGUACCGAAUGAGCUGGCUGCUCACAGACGCGACAGCAUCGCUCGCGUACGCGCUUGUGCUCGUCUGCAACUGCAUCGCGCUGCCACUCUUGCUCGCGAGUGGCAACCCGUUCACGCGUCGCUGGGUCGCCGCCUUCCUCGAUGCAAUUCUCACAUUUCUACUUUCGUCGGGGAUUCCGUUGAUUUUGAACUUUCGCGCCAUCGCCACGUACUAUUUUGCAAAAGAUGCGAGUAUCUUGGACAACCACGCGUGGCUCAACGCGACGAUCUUGCUCGCGCGCUUCGUCGUCGUGAGCAGUCCACUGGACUUUGUGACCAAAGUUGUGCCCUUCUUCACCUGCUACCUCUCACUGCGGAGCAUGACCCACGCUGGCCGCGUGCGUCUCACGCCCGCCGGACGCCAAAAGCUCUUGCUCAACAAGGUGCUGUCUCGGCGCUGGCGCUACCUCUACUCCUUCGUCUCGGUCGGCACGGGUAUCGGUUUGCUCGGGAUCGCGGCGGCGGCCGUACAGGCCCGGCACUGCCCACACGGCUGCCUCCUCCAGACGUAUCCGUGGCUUGCGACGGAAUGCACGUGUGUCAUGCUGCGCGUCAACUGCGCAACGACGCCUCUCGUGACCGACCUCGAGACGUAUCUGGCGCCGAUGUUACCCGACCUCUUUGACUUGGAAGUGGAGCAGUGCGACUUGCCAAGUGCACUCUCAGCGAGAGCAUUGAGCCGCAUGCGCAACCUCUACAGCAUCACGCUGCAGCGAACCAACACGGUGCGCUGGGACGUCUCGCCGGACGCGCUGCCACGUACGCUGUUUGCCAUAUUUCUCUGCCAUCUCUACUUGCCGGCGGUCCCGAUGGUCUUGCAACGUCUCUCGGGCAAUGUACACUAUGUCUUCUUGCGCAACGUGUCGCUCUACGCGAACGCGUCACUGCCCGCAGCGUUUACGACGCUCGUCAUGCUCGAAGUGAGCAAUGCGAGCUUGGUUCAGAUGCCGCUGGUGCUGGCGCCGCAGAUGACAUAUCUCAAUUUCCAAAACAAUGCCAUUCUCGAUUUGCCGACAAAUCUACCGGCCGUCGGGUUCAUCAACUUUGUCAACAACUCGAUUGCGCAAAUCCCUCUCUCGCUCGCAGAGAGCAUCGGGCCGUACCAGACGCUGCAUUUGGAAGGCAACCCGAUCGCAUCGCUGCCACCCGAGUUCAAUGUCGACGUGCUGCGCACUGGCCGGCUCGUCCUUCGGGAAACGCCCCUCUGCGACCGCCUCGGCGCACGACGUGAUGCCACGGGGCUCUCGCCGCUCGAGCGUCAGAUCUUUGAAGCCCGAGACGCCAUUUGUCCGCCUCAAUGUAGUGUUGGCUGCUACGAGAGCUUGCUGGGCAACACCAACUGCAACAUGGAGUGCUUGACACCAUCGUGCAACAAUGACGACGGCGACUGCGAUCGUUUCAUUCUCUGAUCGUCGACGACGGCGCAGCCGGGUGCCCGAGAGGCCGAGCGGUACGACGCCUACGUAGCCACCACGCGAGCAUCCGCCGCAAGAGACGAAGGAGCCGUGAUGCUAUAGUCACGAGUUGGACACGGCCACCCCACACCACGGGAUACUGUCGACUAAGAAGUUAAUCCGUAUAAGACUAGUAUAUCAGUAUAUCGC